AUGCCAGAAAGUGACCGGGAAUCGACAAAGACCAAGUCCUCUGCCACGGCUUCGGCAGAUGCGCGUCCGUUUGAAUCCACACCUCUCCUACCAAAAGUCGAUGGGGAUGACACACCGCAAUGGGGAAAAUCAGUCACUUUUCGGGUGUUGUUUACAGCAUUCCUAGUCUCGGUGUCUUUUUCAAUCACACAGGUUCCCAUGAUCUACGCAUUUGGUGUGUUCACAUGCGAUGAGUACUACAAAACACAUCCAGACCCCGGACCAACGCCAGAACGAUGCCGAAUAACCGCGAUUGAAGCCAGCACAGCUAGAUCGGUUGCUUUGGUGGGAGCCGGUACCACCCUGUUUGGAGUCUUGAAUCUAUUCUAUACCGGAUGGGCCAUUAAGCGAUUCGGAAUCAAAUCGGCGUUAUUGACGAGCGUGUUCUGGCCUGCUGUCAGACUCGCAGUACAAAAUAUUGGCGUUCAAAUGGGUUACAGCAUUGGAAUCACCAUCAUCCAAGCCUCGCAGAUUAUCACGGUUGUGGGUGGACCGGCAGGAUAUCUUCUGGCCCUCAAUUCCUUCGCCACGGAGAUUGUCCUGCCUCAUGAAAGGACCGCGACAUUGGGUCGUUUGUCGGGAUGCUCCUUCUUCGGGACUGCGUUGGGCUACCUCUGCGGUGGACUGCUCAGCGACGCGUUUGGUAUCCCUGCUCCUUUCGAGGUGACUUUGGUACUGUUCAUCGUAUCGUGUAUAUGGAUUGCCGUUGCGUUGCCCUCUGUCCCGCUGCAUCUCACGCCCGAGAAUGAGAAGAGGUCUCGGUCCUUGCUGUCAUUUUUCGAGCCAUUGAAGAUGUUCAUCCCAAGGAAAUGGGUACUAGAGAACGGCCGUGUCCAGAAGGAAUACGGGAUCCUUCUCCUGGGCGUGGGAGCCUMUCUCGCCGUGCUUGCGACAGGCUACAUUCCUGUCUUGCUCMAGAUGUACUCCACARACGUGCUGCAAUUUGGAACUACGGAAAAUGGAUGGCUAAUUAGCCUAAACUCCCUCGUUCGCGGGCUCUUCCUGACUUUUGUAUUUCCCGUUGUUAUUACCAGAGGUAGAGCAUGGAUCGGCCGUCGCCAAAACAACGCGGAGAGAAUUAGUCGAGAAGAAUCCGCCAUUCCGGACCUUCCUACCGCGACUGGAGAUUUCGAGCCUGGUGUGAUGAGUGAAAGCACCGAGCCCACCGAGCCGCUCAAACCGCGUGUUGGCGAGGAAGAAUCUUUUGUUUUUGACCUCUACUACACUCGCUAUUCAAUCCUGGUGGACGGGAUUCUCACUGGUCUUGCCACUUUCACCUCGCAAGGCUGGCACAUGUUUCUGAUAGCAUUAUUACUACCCCUGGCAGCGGGAACGGGUAGCGCGGCAAAGGGCACUAUCCUCAUGAUGUGCGCCCCGGAAGAAAGAGCAGACGCUCUCAGUGCCAUCAGUCUGAUGGAGAUGGUCGGACGUCUAUCAUCAACCGGCGCAUUCGGCCUGGUCUUUUCGGCCUUUGCGACCAUUGGCAAGCCAUAUUACACUUUUACCUGCAAUGCUGGAGUCGCGGUCUUUGCGUUUGUGAUUUUGUACUGCGCAAAGUUUCCUCCUCGUGGGAGCAGGAGGGUAUACGCUGAUCAGGAUGAGGACUGA